AUGACUGUUAUAUCUAUUUCACUCGCUCUCAUUGCUAGUCAUUUAACAAGCAUAACCUUACUCGGAGUGCCAGUCGAGAUCUACCUCAGGGGAACGCAAUACUGGGCAUCCGCACUUUCGCUUAUCGUUGUCACUCUUCUUACAGCUGUCAUUUAUUUGCCUGUAUUUCAUAAACUGCAACUGUCAUCGAGCUUUGAAUAUCUAGAAAUAAGAUUUUCGACCCACACUCGCACGAUCGCGGCUGUGCUGUUCCUCGUCAGUAAGCUGAUGCUCUUGCCGAUAGUACCAUACGUUCCACUUUUAGCAUUUAGAUUGGUUACCAACCCUAUAGCUGGUCGAAUAACAGCCGUGGUUUGCGUAUCUUGCGCAACGUUUAGCGCAGUUGGAGGACUUCGGGCUAUCGUUAGCAUUGGUAUAGUGACAACUUUCCUGGCUGUGGCAGGAACGGCUCUGCCAAGUGGGCUUGCUCUGUUGCCAAUGGGAUUCAAGCGAAUGUGGGAAAUUGCUAGUCAUGGAGGGCGGCUGGUGCUUUAUGACCCAGAUCCCGAAUUGGCACAUCAUACGUCGUUCUUCGCUGUGACCUUAGCACUCAGCACCAAUUGGCUCUGGAAGAUAGCUCUUAGUCAAUCAACGCUUCAAAAACUGUUAGCCGUACCAACCAUUGGCAAAGCUAGAUUAUGUCUGGCGAUCUCCUGUGUUGGAGUCAUACUUAUGAAGCUACUUUCAUGUUUCCUUGGCCUAGCGCUAUACGCUUGGUAUGCUGGCUGUGAUCCACUUCUAACUGGCCAAAUUAAAAAGCAUGAACAGUUGGUCCCUCAUUUUUUGAACAACUUAGCUGCAAUGUUUCCUGGAAUUUGUGGUAUUUUCAUCAUCGCAAUAUUUAGUGCAACUGCAGGUUGCAUCGCGUCGUUGAUAAACUCAAUAUCAGGAGUUCUUUUUGAAGAAUUUAUCAGGCCUUGGAUGCCUCAGAAUACAAACGAACUGACGUGCUGUAAAAUAAUGAAGGUUUUGUGCAUCUUAGUUGGUGUGUACUGCGCCGGUGUAGUUUGGACAGCUAAAGAAUUAGAUCGAUUACAACAUGUCGCUUCAGGAGUGACGGGUGUAACAGCUGGAACUUUGUUAGGACUAUUCACACUGGGAAUCGUAUUUUCACGAGCUAACUGUUCCGGUGCUCUGAGCGGCUGUCUAUUAAGUUUACUACUCUGUGGAUGGCUUUUGAUAGGCGCUGAAAACGCACUAGCUACGGGAGCGUUGACCUUUCAGAGCAAGCCUUUAGUCACCUCUGGCUGUGGUAAAGCGAAUUUUACGCAUAUUUUCGCCAACAUGACAACAACUAUUCCCAACGCUGCAAAGCAGCUUCCAACGAAACCCCUGCAGUCUCUGUUUCGUAUAUCAUUUACGUACUGCCCGUUCGCCGGAGCGAUAGCGGUACUUAUUAUUGGAGUGCCCAUGAGCUAUCUCACAGGAAAGUCUAAAACUGACUCCAUGAACCCCGAUGUAUUCUGCCCACUCACGCAGAGUUUCCUACAUAAAUCAAUACAGAAGAGCGCUUCGGUGUCAAUGGAACAUAGAGCACCUAACACUCAAGAAGUUUACAUGGCGUUGGACGAAGCUCUGAAACAUUUAAAAGAAGUUAUAGAAAGAUAA